AUGAGUAAUAUAUAUGGAAAGAAGUCUGGAGAACGUGUAAAGGUUGUGUUGAUAACAGGAUGCUCGGGAGGCAUUGGUAGGGAACUGGCUUCAAUGUUCAAGUUCUAUGGAUUCAAUGUAUAUGCAACAUCUCAUUCAAUUGAAUCAAUGAGUGAUAUGAAUGAUAGAGGUAUACAUACUCUACAACUAGAUGUGACCAAUCAAGAAAUGAUACAAUCCGUUGUCAAUUCAAUCAUUGAAGUUGAAGGCAGAAUAGACAUACUCAUCAACAAUGCAGGUGUACUCAGCAUGGGACCUGCGAUCGAACUGACCCUCAACGAGCUUAGACGCGUCAUGGACGUUAACUUCUUUGGACUGGUGGCAACAACGAUGGAGGUGAGCAAACACAUGGUACAACAGAGAUGUGGAAUCAUAAUCAAUGUUGGAAGUACUUCGGGCAUCACCGCAACACCAUUCCUCAGCUUUUAUUGCGCAAGUAAGGCGGCGGUUCAAUCAUGGUCAGAUACAUUGAGGAUGGAGUUGGACCCUUUUGGAGUAAAGGUGAUCACGGCAGUGGCCGGCCCCAUCUCUGGCACUGAGAUACUCAAUCGUGCCAUACCAAGACUGCGUCAACUGGUGGACAAUCCAGACUCACUGUACUAUCCCAUCAGAGAACAAAUCAUUGGACGCACAUCGAUGAUCAAAGGUGCGCAGAUGACACUUCAAGGCUUUGCCGACACAGUGAUGCGAGUGGUCUUUGGCAGACGACUGCCUGCCGUCUUCCGAUAUGGACGUGGAUCACUAUUCCUCAUGUUCUUCUCGAUGCUACCCUAUUGCAUCUCAGACUACUACCAAAAGAAGAGAUGUGGAUUGGACAUACUCAAAUCAAUCAUUKGCUCAAUCAGCUGGUGUAUCCAAAGUCCCAUCAACAUCACCAUCAUCCAAUGUCCGAGUUGUGGUCACCUCUCCCAUCAUCAACUGAAUCAUCUCAGUCACUGUAAAUACAUCAAUCAAUCCCAA